UUUAUCAACCUGACAUUACUGUCUUUUGUAUUUCUCUCCGCUGACAAGGACCGCUGCCACCCCCACAUAUCCAGCCGGGCCGUUCCGUCAUCGUGCUAGCAUUCCAGUCGGUAGUGCUCCGAACCCGCGACACGCCGUCAACAGGGUCUUACAUUCCACAUCUGGAUCACUGUCUGUCUAGGACACCUGCUCUGGAGGGGGCGAGAUCUUGCUGGCUGCACGCCUCGUAAGACCUUACCCUGCGUCAGCGUACACACCAGCACUUACUCCAACUACCACCCUCUUUACCACCCUCGGAGCUACAUCUCGGAGCUCUCCGGAAUAUCUCCAGCAUUUGAAAGUCGCCGGCAACUAGCUGGGGCAACUAGCCUCUACUGCCGGACACUCUGCUCGGCGCCCAAACAUUACCGCUGCGGAAGUCACUGCCGACAUCUGUGCCGACAACGUGCUAGCAUUACCACCUCGUACAUUACUUCUUGGCUUGGUUGAGGGUUAUUCCUAGACCCACUCGAUAUUACUCUGCCUAUUAGACCAGAUAUACCGACGCUAGUGCUCUCGCUCGAGACUCCCGAAUAUCCUCAAUAGGCAUCCGAUAGCCGACUCCAUCCGCGCGCACUCUAUUUCUCAAUCCCGACAUCAAUACUUCAAGACCGCGGCCCCCAACACACAGUCCUCUGACAUAUGGCCUGGACUCGUCUCUCCUCCCAGAAUGGAAGUGGAGGAGAAGUCUGGGAACGCCCUCUUGGCGAUAGCGAGUUUGCCUUCCAUGCGUUUUCGCACACCGGCGUAGGGGACAUGUUCCUGCACCUCUCGUUCAGUGCCCCUCCCUCCCUGCUAGACCCGGAGCGUGUGCUGCUCGCGUGGAGCACCCUCCUAUUAAGGCAUCCGCUUCUCUUAUCACGCGUGAUCAGGCACGAGGGCGACGCGCUGGCAGAGCCCUGCUUCAGUUUCGCACCGCCCAAGAACACAGACGAACUGCUGGAUGCUGCCCGCAAGCGGCUGACCUUCGAGCGCUAUACAAAAGCGGAAUUUGUCGACAGAUAUAUGAAUGGCUCGCCGCGGCCGUUGGACGAUGAUUGCAUCGCUCGGCUGGUGAUUGCGCGAUCUGGCUCAAGCACGGACGGCGAUUCACCGUUCGAUGUGGCGUCUGCAUCACCCUCAGUACCCGUAGUAGUGAGCUCGACCGUAACAGGCGAACUUGUUACCGGCUUGGUAAAUGGACAUACAAACAUAUACGAUGCGGAUAGAUCCUCGGCGAAAGCAUCGUACGAUCUCUAUUUGUGUGCGCCUCAUUUUUCGGGCGAUGCCCUCCCGCUUCAUCAGUCGGCGCACGAUUUCCUUGUGCUAUUAUCGGCACCGGGAAACGCCACCGACGUAUUGCGCUCGCUGGAAAUCGACUUGCAGGCCAUAGAAGGCAAAUGGCACGAUAGGCUUCCGCUUCCCGCGGAAGCUCUCCUUCCCUCUCCCGCUCAAGGCAGGCUUGCACGUGCUGCGGCGCAGGUGAAUUACCUCAAGUCACAGGAGCGCGAGGUGGGCGGCCAUACUCUGCCCCGGAAACAGCAUGGACCGUUGCGCACGGUCCUGCUGGAGCGCGGCUUUUCUAAGGAAGAGACAAAACGCGUGCUGCAGAUAUGCAAGAAGAGAGGCGUCAGCGCAAACCAUGCUGUCUUCGCCCUCGUCGAUGUGGCUUGGGCGAGGAUGCUGCAGAGCGGGUUCGAGUUGCCGAUAAUGAAUUACACCGCGCUCAGUCUACGACCCUACCUCACCUACCCGAACGCUGAGCUAGAGAAGCACAUGUCAUACUGGUUCGUCGCCCUGACCUACUUCAACAUCGUCCUACCCGCCUUCCUUCCGAAGAUAGUCACGUGCUCUCAACAUGAACGUCGGUCUUUCGAAAACACGUUCUGGGAACGAUGUCGUUCAGUGCGCGACCAAAUUGCGUACAUCACUCAAUCUAAAUUUCUCGUCCACCGGGCACGGAUCAUGGGUGCACAGCGCGCUGAACGUGCAGGUCGAAAGUGGAGUCCAGUCACAGGGGGUACCGCUGUUCCGGUUUCUUCGGAGAGGGCGCUGCUUCCGCCGUCACCGGACGCACUAGGGGCAAUCUCACCCCGCUAUGAGCCUGUGCCAAGCAAAGCGCUGAUGGGCAUCUCACUCAUGGGUAAUCUCGAUAAAGUCUAUCUCGCUGAUCAGUACCCGGAAAUGGAGCUACAUGAUGUGGCCACCGCCUCCCGUCUCAAAGCUGGUGGCCUUCUAUUUUUGGCGCACACUUUUGCGGGUAGGAUGUGGUUGCAUAUGGCAUAUGACGAGAAUGGAUUUGAGAAGGGUAGUAUGGAGCGCUUCUGGACGGAGGUACAGAAAGCGGCUGAGCAGGUUUUGAUCGACGGAUAGGCUUGAUAUCCGAGGGUAGCGGAAUAUCAGGACUGUGAACAACAGUAUUGUACAACCACAAUUAACAUUCCUUGUAUU